GGGUUUCUGCCUUGAAGAAGAAAAGAAGAACGCCCUCAAUAAAAAAGAAAUAACAGCCUGUUGGGGGGGAUAUUUUUACAGUGCUCUCCCCGCCGCUCCAAUCGAGAGAUUUUUUUUCCCUCAGAAAGGACCGUAACUAACGUUUCGCAAAUUUGUCUGACCUGAAAAACCGAGACGAACAGCAAUAUCCAGCUCCUACGCCCUAGCUACCGCAACGACUACAUAGCCCAUCCCUAGGCGGAGCUCCGUCACAUACAGCAGGCGUUUACCAUGGCGGAUUUCCAGUUUACGAGUGUGACAGAUACGCUAUAUACCUUGUAUUCCAACUUCAUCAACAACAUAUCCACGUCUGUCUCCAACCUCACCAUUCAAGACUACAUCCGGCUUGUCUGGAUCAUAGGUGGCUAUUAUUUUCUCCGGCCGUACCUUGACAAGGGCUUCAGAAAACUCUUUGACUCUGGCAACGCAAAGAGAGAAGCCGAAGAAGCCGCUGCUGCCGAAACUACGGGCAAAACCAAGCUGUCGGCCAAUACUUUGAGGCAAGGCGACAUCGCAGAGAGUGAUGAGGAAGGUGAAGAUGAAGGAGAGUCUACUGGGGUGUCGAACUGGGGCAGAAGUGCGAGACGAAAACAGCGAAAUUUCAUGAAAUAUCUAGAGCAGGAGGCUGAAAGGAAGCGGGUGGAAGAUGAUGACAAGGAUAUUGCGGAUCUGCUUGAGGAUUAAGCCAGCGCCUGGGCUGCUUGCCACGCAGUUAUAUACCCCUUAUCGACCAGCUCUCGUUGCUCUUCCCUGAGUGAGGGGAUGUCUCUUCCUCUCUGAGUCGAAACCCGACACAUCAAGCUCCGCUAUAUCCACCCGCCCCAACCCCCGGUCCAUCUACCCAUCGGACAGCCUGCCAUAUAUUUGCGAGAUACAAUGCCUUUCCAACUGCUCAGGCUGUUAUCCUCAGGCCCUUCCAGUCGCUAAAUUGGUGCUAUCAACCGUUGACCAGCAUCAGCCAGCCCUUACGUGCCAUUCUGAUAUCAUGUGAAUCCUCAGCACGUGAUAUGACAUCAGCCAGUCUAUUUAUUUUUCGGCCGCGGAUUGCGCUUUCUUCGCUAC